CCAUGACGCCCAUAUUCACCAGCACGUUGAUCCCGCCUGCUUAAUUGGGGCUGGCUGACUGGGCAUAUAGAGCUCUAAUUGCAUCGUGACUGCUCUCUGAAGCCCUCACGCCGCUCAAUCCCCCCCUCUCCCCUCCGACACCUCUACAAUCACCUCUUUUCAACGGCCGAUCGAACCACAUUCAAAAUGCCAGUCGGACAGACCUCCAUCCCCAAGAUCUUCGCCGCCGGCGGCAUAUUCGGCUUCUCCUACUACCUUUGGAUGCGGCAGUACUGGUUCCCGAAUCCCUACAAAACGAGAGAAGUGCAGAACAUCGAGGAUCGCUUCACAGCAGGUGGUGGAGCUCCAACACACACGCCAGGCGGGGGUACUAAGAGAGGUGACAGUAACAAUGUCGAACCGAGGAAUACGAGUAGCACCGGUGUUGAUUCAUAACAUUUCAAAGACAGGAUAUUAGAUCAAGGACGAACGCCGGUGUCAAAACAGAGAUGUUAUAUGACCAACGAUAAAACAACCGAAAGGGUAAAUAAUUUUCAGCACAUCCUGGCCUCCUUUUGAUAUGUUGGAAACUUCUGGCACGGGAUAUUAAAAGGUUACUGUAUUUUUAAACCCUUAUCAUAGGGACUUUAAACAUAUCCACUCUAGUUAAAUAUAUAUAAUGUCGAUUUU